ACAGGCGUCGCCGUGUCGUCUGUUUACGUUCCGCCCGACACGUGUGAGGCUGCAGAUCGGCGAACGACGGUUCCGCGACAAUUGCGCGUUUUGCGUGCUACUGUAACGGUUGUCAUUUCACAAUAGUCGCCCCGAGUUUUCGCGUCAGGAUGCUGGAGUCGACGGUCCAGGCCCUGGCGAACGGUAGGACGAUCUUGGCCAGCGGCUCCCCGAGGCGGCACGACAUAAUGAGACACUUGCGCAUAAACGCAGAAGUGGUGCCGUCGCUCUACGACGAGAACCUCGACAGGGCCAAGUACGACGGGCACGGGGAAUACGUUCAGGACAUAGCCAGAUACAAGGUGCUCGAGGUGUACGAGCGCUUGAAAAUGGACCCGGUGCCGCCGUCCCUGAUAAUAGGCGCCGACACGAUGGUGACGAUGGGCAGCAUCAUCUAUGGAAAGCCCCGGAACGAGACGGAAGCUUUUCAGAUGCUGUCCAGUUUAGUGAAUAAGCAACACGUUGUCUACACUGGCGUGUGUCUGAAAACACCAAAGGCUGAAGUCCAAUUUUAUGAGUCUGCCAAAGUAAAGUUCGGAGACAUAUCGGAGAGACAAAUAAGAGAAUACAUUAAAACUGGUGAUCCCAUGGAUAAGGCUGGGGGUUACGGUCUUCAGGGUAUAGGGGGUUGCCUGAUCGAAAGGAUAGAGGGUGAUUAUUACACCAUAACGGGCCUGCCGCUUUACUCGCUCGCCAAGCAACUGAAUCAAAUGUUCUCCAGCAUUUAGUGAAAAUAUUGCAUUGCGCAUGUCAGUACCUGACCAUUGUAUGAUCGUUCCUAAAUGUGAAUAAAUUUUAUUAUCGCUAAAA